AUGGGGGCCAUAUUGGGCAAUGUGAAAGUGUUGCAGGAUGGUAGGAGCUUAAGUUUUAUGCCUUUCCCCGUCACCCCACAAGAAUUAAACCAACCCACUCAAGAGGAGUCUUCCAAGCCAAAGAGGCAAAGGGCACCCAAUAAAGCCACCACUUCAUCCUCUGAGCAAGAACCACCUGUUGUUGAGCCUAACCCUCCCACUGAAGCUGAAGCCCCAAAGCCAAAACAAAGGAAGGCUCCCACCAAGAAAACUACUCCUCCAUCCUUUGGGCAAGCCUCAAUUGCUAAAGAAAACCCUCCUCCCGCUCAAAACCCUUUGCUUUCUCAACAAGAGCAACCUGCACAAGCCCCCACUGCAUCAACUCCGGACAAAACUUCUGAGGAUUUGGCUGAGGAGGUUGAGAAAAAGCUGUAA